AUGAAGACUUUUGUUUUUGUUAUCUUUGUGAUUUUAAGCACAAUAUCGUAUGCUUUUUCAAAAGGCAUUAAUACUUAUGAACCAAAAGAAAACUUAAAUUUAUUUACUUCAAAAAAAAUUAGGAGUUAUGGCCCAUCAAUAUAUCCUAAAUCAACUGAUUUCUUAUCAAAACACUUACUAUCUUCAUCCGCAUGGUUUAUUGUUUUAGACGAUGAAGUUUCUAUGUAUAGUCUUAUCUUAGAAGAUUCUAUCACAACUGAAGGACAAUGUAAAUUAUAUUUAGAAUAUUUAUGUCAAAGACUCCUAAAAAAGCUACCAGAAGGAAAUUUUACUGAUAUACUAAAGAAGUUAUGCGAUAGUGAUAAAAUAAAUAAAUAUUGCAAAGGUCUCUUUACUGAGGGUUAUAUUAAGAAUGACUUACAUAAAAAAUGUAAUGGUAUAAAGGAUAAGCUCAAAUAUUACUACCAUUUAGGUGAAGAUUUAUUUCUGGGAACAAAGAAUACAAAAAUAGAAGCAGAGCACUGUGAAAAUUAUGGAACGUUAUGUGCAGUUUUUCAAAGAAUUUGUCAUAAUUUAAUUGGCGAUUUAUGUGCUAGAUUUAAUGGACUUUGUUAUAAAAAAUAUACAAAAGAUAAUGAAAAUAGCGUAUUAUUGAAAUUUAUAGGUGAAAAAAUAAUAAAUAGUGAACUAACACGUAAUAAUCUAAAACAUGAUGAAUCUGAAGAAUAUAGUCAAUGUGUUGACAGUCUUCUUGAUAAAUGUCAUUGUGUAACCUCUUUUGGGCCUACUAUGGUAAAAUCUUGUUUUGAAAUACAGGAUACAUGUAAACACUUUGCUCAAAGUGUUAUUUUUACUUGUCGAUGUUUUGAUUAUUAUAUUAAAGAAUUUCUCUCAGAGGAGCUCCAUAUUACAGGCUAUACAAAAGAUAUAGCAAGAAAUAAUUGCUCAUUGCUUGAUGUUUGCGAGCAAUAUAUGUUAUUACAUUGUCAUACCCAGACAACAAAGAAUCUUUGCAACUUAAUAAUAAAAGAAUGUACUAAAAAAAUUGAUCCAGAUAUGCUGUUUAUAAACAACAUUUCUUUAGGAGAAUGUAGAUCGGCAUUUGAAAACGUAAAUUUGACUUUAUUUUUUUCUAACGAAAGAGAAAAUAGCGUUUCACUACCUUAUAAAAAUCCAUAUCUUACUCUUCUUAUAAUAUUUGGGACAUCCUUAAUAAGACAUGGUUCCAGUUUAGAGGAAAAAUGUAAAAAGUUUCUUGAAUAUGAUUGUACUAGUCAUCAACAUAUAUUUCCUAAUCUUGAUGCAUAUUGUCAAAGUAGACGAACUGAUGAGUGUGAAAGAUUGGAUACAAAGGUCAAUGAAACAUGUGUCAAUUUAAACAAAACAUAUGAUGAUUUAGGUCUUGCUUCUGCAAAUGGUGUUUGGACUAUACUAUGGAACAGCACAGCAAACAAUAUCACUACACCUCAAUGUCAAAUGUUAAUGGAAGAAUGCACUUAUUUUGAACAUGCCUGUCUUGGUAUUAAAAGUCGAUGUGAAAAUGUAAAAGCUCUAUGUUAUACGCUGGGUAUAAAAAGAUCUCACUUGAAUAAUGUUUGGAAAAAACUCAAAGAAAAAAUGCCAUUCACUGAUUUUAGCAUUUUUAAUCAAUCUCAUCUACCUCAAUCCUCUGAUACUUCUAAGUUGCACCAGCCUAUUCUAGAUAUAUGUGCUGAGCUUGGAGGAACUAACGAGGUCUUAUUUAGAUGGUGUUUGCACCCUACCCCUAUUACCCCCCCCCCCCCCGUCUCGAUAACUUUCCCAGGUAACUUACUUGAUAGAUUAUUUCAUGAUUUUUCAGCAAGGCACGAGGAUUUAAAAAGAGAUUUACUAUAUGUAUCAGAACCUCCUACUUUAACAGAAUGUGCAACUUAUCUUUAUGAAUGUCACAGCUUAUCAAACAUUUUUAAAGAUCUUACUAAUUGUACAAUACUGGAAAAAGCAUGUUAUAAUAGUCACAAAAAUUAUGGUAGACCUAAAGAUUCUAAGUUUAGCAAGUCGGCUUGA